UUUUACAGAUAAUCGUCAAAAUAUUACCGAUAAUAAUAAUAUUUGUAACACUCCUACAUGUGUUAGGGAAGCGGUCAAUCUAAUGGAUAGUAUUGACGAAUCAGUCAAUCCGUGCCACGAUUUUUACCAGUUUUCGUGCGGCAAAUGGAUUGAUAAUAAACGCGAUUAUUCAUCAUUCAGUCAAUUUGGUGAACUUGAAAAUGAACUUAAUAACCAACUUAAAGGCUUUAUUAAUAAUAUAAAUGUUAAGACAGAACGUCAACCAUUCAUACGAAAUAUCAAACAUUUUUGCAACAGUUGUAGAAAUAUAUCUCAAUUAAAAAAGUUAGGCAGAAAACCAUUGGAUGAUCUGAUUGCCAAACUCGGCGGUUGGCCAGUGGUUAGUGGCGACAAUUGGACAGACAUCCAGUGGACGGACGUAUAUUUAAGACUACGUGAUUUCGGUGUCUAUACUGAUAUGAUGUUCUCAUUGAAAGUACAGACAGACUUACAAAAAAGUUCAACAAAAAUAUUAUAUAUUAAUAGUCCAAAGUUUGGUUUAGAUAGCCGUGAAGAAAUGCUUUUGGGAAACAAUGAUAAGUCAAUUAAAGCAUACAAAACAUUGAUUAGGAAAACAUUGGGAAAACUGGGAGUUAAACAACAAGUGGUCGAACCGUACGUCGAAAAACUAUUCAAUUUUGAGCUACAGUUGGCUAAUAAUUCAAUGCCCAAAGAGGCCAAACGUAAUCUUACAAUAAUUUACAAUAAAAUAACAAUCAAACAGUUGAUUCAAUUGGCACAAAAUGUAUAUUGA